AUGAAAGAAGAAGACAUAGAGAUUAAUGAAAUUAAAUAUAAUGAGCUGGAUGAACAUACACUAGUUACUGAUGCAGCCAUAUUUCCUUACGUGGUAGCUGUUCUGAAGAUGUCCAGGUAUCUAAGUGCUGGCGCUCUGAUUGAUGAGAAUUGGGUGCUAACUGCUGCUGAUGCCUUGUUUCUGGUACGAGAAUCAUCAAGGAUGCUCCGAGUCAGGCUCGGUAGCAUCAACUACAGAAAAGGUGGAACAGUCCUUCCAAUAAAGUACGUGGAGAUCCAUCCAUAUUUUGAUGAUAGCCAGCCCAUCUACGACUUGGCUCUAAUCAGACUGCCUGAACCUGUAAGAUUUACUCCAAGUCUGAGAUCUAUUAGACUGCAGAAGUCCUUCAAAGAAAUUGAUGCUACACAUUUUAUUGUGACUUCGUGGCCAUUUCCUAUGUCCCGUCACGGCGAAAUGACAUCGGACUAUUCGGACCAAAUAAAAUCGAUGGAGCUGAUAAAACAGAGACGAAUCCUCUCAGUUACACAUGUGCACCCGUCGGAUGCUGACGACUGCACGGAAGAACUCAUUUCUUUAGGUAUUAAUGAAACAGAAACUAUGAUGUGCUUGGAUACUGGAGUUAUGUUGGACCCUUGCUUGAGAGAUGUAGGAGCACCAGUAGUAUUAAACGACGUGUUAUGGGGCAUAGUAUCGUCUUGGAGACCACCCACUUGUGACCCUGACCUAGCAGGACCAAGCUUUGCCACAUUGGUCUCAGCUCCUACCGUUGAUACUUGGAUACAUGAUACUGUUGAUGGACACAACUGGAUAAAUACUAGUGAUGGAGAAUAA